AUGGCUGACAAAAACCUGUCAGACCUGCCAGUGUACGCGAGAACCGAGCCAUCCAUUAAAAACCUUCCUAGUAUAAGCGAACAGGUCGGUAGCAUCAUCCGUCCGUACGUCAUCCCCUUCGUUAUCAUCCUCGCUAUAGUCAUCCCCAUCAACCUGGUCUUUCAGUCGACUCCUGGACUGCUCUGCAGCUGCUGGAGCCGCGGCGGAGGCUUCGAGUCGGCAUCGUCGCUUCCGUACCAGCCAGCAGCGUCGCUUGCGUACCAGCCGGCAGCGCCUCCUCCGGACCAGCCGGCAGCGUCGCUUGCGUACCAGCCGGCAGCGCCUCCUCCGAACCAGCCGGCAGCGCAUCCUCCGGACCAGCCGCCUAUCCCCGGAUGGGCUCAGGCUCUGUUCCCCGGCAUGAGCGGCAAUGACGCGGCCAUCAUUUGCCGUGCAGAGGAGAAUUAUUGGGAGAACCUUCUGCUGAGACGGGAGGCGUCCAAUGGAACGCUUUACCCGCCACCCGCGUCAAUGACAAAUAUCACCAUGAAAACGCUCCUUCUCAUCCCCACGUACUCUUGCCCGGUGAACGAGCGCAUUGGCAAGUGGGGGGACGGCGGAAAGUGGACUUGCCUUCUGCCAGGCGCCAUUCAGACGGACCCUGUGGUGUACAGCAUUGGCAGUUUCCGGCAGUACGAUUUUGAAGACGCCAUUUACAAGAUUUUGCAUGUGCAGCCGCACACGUUCGACCCGUUCCUCCACCCCAGCACCGCCGCCCACAUGCAGACCGUCCCCUCCCUCAUCUUCCACCCCAUCGGCCUCUCUGCAAACUCCUCCAUCGAGUACAACCGCCAAAAGUUUUCUGGCGCUGAGUUCAUGACUCUGGGAGGGAUCAUGCAGCUGUUGAAUCAUACAUAUGUGGACAUUUUCAAGAUUGACUGCGAGGGGUGUGAGGAGGCGAUGAUUGCAGAGUUUGGGGAGGCGAAUGGGAAUGUAUCUGCACAACUGAGCUUGCACGGAGGGACGCUGCCGUUCGGGCAGAUCUUGAUCGAGAUUCACCAAACGAAUAAACCCGUGGUCACCUUGGCACUGGUCUACACGUUGGAGAAGCUUGGGUAUCGCAUGUUCAGCGUGGAGUUCAACCAUGAAUGCUGGCAUUGCUGUGAGUUGAGCUUGAUACACGAGAGCCUCGUGCAGCCAAGUAGCGACAAAAACUGCCCCCCGUCUCUGGCUUCGGAAGAGUUCUUCAAAAAGGAAGCUGCAGAUGCGCAGGAAAAGCUGGGUUCAGGAGAUGACGUGAAGGAAUCAGGUGGAGGAGUCUUAAGUACAUCUGACGCUAGCACCCCCGGGCCGUGA